AUGGCGAGUCUCAACGACAGGAGGAUCAGGAGGAUCAACAAUAUAGAACUUCAACCAGAAACGACUACAACGACUUCGACCACCAGCGCCUCUAUGGACAAGAAGCAGUUCAUCCAGCAGCAGCCCGACAUCGGACACCGGGAGCCUUCUUACGAGUAUCCUGUGAAUAGUUGCGCUUAUUCCAUGACCAGAACCAUUAGUAGCGACUGCAACCAGCACCAUCAUUACGAUGUUCCUCAUUUAACGGACAGCUACGCAAUGCCAGUGGAUAACAUAAUGACAGGAAACUGCACGGAGACGUCCAUGGAAACUACUUCGAAUUCUUCCAAUUCGACAUAUGACAUGACUGUAGGGGGUUCCCAGCACCAGGUUUCCACAAUGAAGCGGACUGCGCUGACAUCUAGCGGUGGCAGAGUGCGACUGGACGCCGCCAUGAUUGUCCUGAAUGUGCCUGAAUACGUCGUCGCCAGGGGGAAGACUCAGGAAAUCUAUAUAUCUGUGCUGAAUGAGGACAAUGAGAGGAUUAAGUUGCCUGAAGGUAUGACCCAAAUAAGUCCAGUCGCCUGUCUGGGUCCUUCAGACGUCCACUUCGCGAAACCAAUAGUGCUGGAGCUACCCCACUGCGCAGAGUUCCUUUCCAAUUGGCGAGUCUCUGUCUACCACGACUCCAAUUCAUCCCCUAAUUCAGUGCCUCGAUGGGAAAAAAUUGUUACCCUUGGUGAAGAAACAAUAAACACUUUAGUGUACACACACAUUGAUGAAAACAACGCCUACGUGCUAACAGACUUAUGUGGUAAAUUUGUUUUAACCGGAGAAAGUAAUGAAAAUUUGAGGGAGAGUGUUAAGAAUGUUGCGUGUGCUGUGAAAAGGAUAAGAUUGUGUGUCUUUGGGCCUGUUUUAGGGGGGCAGCAGAAUGUUGCUGAUUAUAAUAUCAGGUUGUAUGUUAUUGAAGAUUUGCCUUCGAUGUUUAGUAAUUGCCUGGAGGCUGAGACUAAGUUGGGUGGUGUCUUGUUGCAUCAUUCGAAAACACUUUUAUUCCAAGAUAAUGGUAAUAAUUUAUCUUUGAAUUUAAGAUGUGCGCCCACCACCGGAUGGAGCGCCAAACCUGGUUCGGAACACCAGGAAAUACCUUUUAAACACAUUUGGAAUUCUUGUUCCAACAGUUUGCAUUGUAGUUUUUCCUUAGAACAAACAAUAGACGUUACAAAUACCUUAAAAUUCAACAUCACCGCUUACCAAAACCAUUCGGAGCACACAUACGUCACCUUUGAUGUCGUCGAGUCCAUAACCCGAAAUAAUUUCGAAGAAAAACAAAUGUCAAUCACGGAAAAUUUAUUAGAAACACGUUACGGCGACAGACUUUUAACGGUGAUCGAAGAAACCAAUGAAAACUACAUCCAACCACAAACUCUUACAGUCAACCAAUGUGGCAACAACACUUUGUCAACCGACCACCAAUUCCCAAGGCUCUCCAGGAGCAUCAAGAAAAGUUUAUGCCAUUGUCUCGAUCCGCCGAAUCUUAAAGGGAACGACUGGAGGAUGCUGGCGCAGAAGUUGUCGGUGGAUAGGUAUAUUAAUUAUUUUGCAACAAAGGCUUCACCGACUGAACACAUUUUGGAUUUGUGGGAGUGCGUUAGUAAACAUAGCUCGGCUUUGGUAGAUUUAGUUUUGAUUUUGAAAUCGAUGGAAAGAGAGGAUGCUGUGGAGAUAAUGGAACAAUGUUUGGGGCCUAGUUGGUUAUAAAAGAGUAAUAAGAAAAAAUAUUUUUAAAUGACUCUCAAAUAGUAUCUAUGUUAUGUAAAAAGUGUGGUUAUGUUCUGUAACAUGUUUAAAAAAAGUGAGGUUAUUUUAUAACAAUAAGUAAU